AGUAAAGUGCAAAUCGAGGCCUUUGUACUCCGCUUUACGGGUCUACUAAUAAACGUAGCGUCUGGCGUCACAUGUAGGCCUAUUACUCGGAAAACUCCAUCCAUCGAUGCAUUUAGCAUCCAAUAUUGCGCAGAUUUAUUUCCAGGAAGUUUCUACCCACCGCUGUAAACCUUCAUAUGAUGUUGAAUUGUACACCUGCUACCAGCACUGUCAUGGUCGUGUCAAAGACAGCAGUCGGUGGUAUUUGAUGAUGGAAUAACUGUUGCUACAUGCUAGCUCUUUCGCCUUGGUUUUUAGACUACUGUUCGCUGGUGAGUGUCAGCCCACUGCGCUGAUAAAGCCUAUACACAGUGGCGGCAAAUGGAGGGGGGCGCACAUCCAGGAGCCCUACCCCCUCGUGGUAGUCCGUGGCACGAUCCCCAGGUCAAACCAGACGGUGUGUGGUUAUCACGACAAAACAUGGCUGAGGGAAAGCUGUGCCGCUCAACACUGAGGGACUUUAGUGACAAGCAUUUGCUUUGUUCAAUUUGUUACGAAAUGUACCGAAAGCCUAAGACUCUAAAAUGUCUGCACAGCUUUUGUGAAGACUGUCUCAUGAAUUAUGUGAAAUCAGCCAAGGGGAAUAUCAAGUGUCCAGUAUGCAGAAAAACGACUUUGCUUCCUCGGAGAGGCGUAAGGGACCUCCCUUCCGAUUUCAGACUCACAAGUAUGACGGACAUGGUUUUGCACACGGAGGGGACUUCCAUACCAACUUGCCCCACCCAUGCAGGGAAUAUGUGCGGAGUAUACUGCGAAACCUGUAGGGAAGUUAUGUGCCUACGAUGUCUCAAGGAAUCCCAUACAGCUCACGAAUUUGACGAAGUAGCUGGCGCAGUGACCGCAGCAAAACAACACUUCGUUGAAGACAUUUUGCCUCAAUGCGAAACUUCACUCACAAAAAUUGUUGGGAUUUUAGAAACCGUCUCGAAGACAGAACAAGAUUUAAGGACCACGUUUAGGAACAUUAGAGACCAGAUAGCGGGGAAAACUCAACGCGAAAUCAAGCGCGUGUUGGAAGCAAACGAUCGUAUCUUACUUGAGCUCGAUAAAAUCCAAGCUGAAAGAGAGCAAAGCUAUGCCUCUAUCAAGGAGGAUUUACUCUCGCAGAAGAGAGAUGUAACACUAGCCAUUGACUACUCCACUGGCGCCACAGAAACCAACGACUACCAUUACCUCCGAAGAUUUCCUAAACUUUCAUCCGACUUCUUCGAGCUUAUAGACCGCCCUUUGAACGACAUCGAGUGUACGGUGUCGUCUGUAGAGUUUCUGCCAUCCAGCGAGGCUGACGACAUCUGUCUCGGCACCUUAGCAACAAGUUGUGAGAGUUUGAGAUUAAACUCAACGGAUGACAUUGUGGACAGUAAUGACGGUGAUAAUGAUGAGGGAGAGGAAGAUGGCCCAAGAGCUCAUGGUGAUGGUGGUUGUUGCUAUGGCAAUGAAGAUGGCAGGUACGCAGUAAAUGACGUUCCCGGUGAUACAGGCAGUGAGAAAACGGGAAGCGGCAGUCAAGAGACAUUUAUUGGUCGUUUCUUUGCGUACGUAUCUGCCCGCCUAAUGCCGCCCUAUAUUUGACUCCCUGCAUUUUCCAAGAACAUGGUUCUUUCAACCUGCCAUAAUUAUUUUGAUCCCCAAUUCGCCAGUGUAGCGUGUUGGGAUGAAUUAACACCGAAAAGCUCAGAGAUGGCUUCCAAAUAAUGGACGUAUUUAAGCAACACACUUUGUCGACCAGUAUUGUCGAUUUUUUUCCGCUAACCGGGAUAUUUUGUUUCUAGAUUAGCAGGGAAAAUCAACCAGUGGUCGACAAAAUGAUUGUGUCUCGAACAUACCCAAUGAGGUAUUAUAUUUCUCAAACAGUGAGAGUGAUAUUCCGCAUCUUGAUGAAAUUAAUGACAUGACGAAUCGGAUUAUAAAGCUUCUGGGCAGAGUUUUUGCCAGGUGUAGUUGUGGCUGGCGAUAUUAGUUUCACUUUGGCUUACAUGGGUGCACGUUAUGGCACAUUUCUGAGAAACGGCAAAACUAGGCUUAAGUUAAGAAAAUCGGUUUAAUUGCGUGAUCGACGUUCUAUCAAUACAUCUAGGCACGGUAACGAUGUGUCUACGUAACUUAGUUGGGCUUAAAAUUACAACAACGUGCAUAGUGACUCCAGUUAAUCUCAUAGACUGGUGUGUUAUUUCAAGACAAAGCCAAGUAAAUUCAGACAUUCGACCUUUAAUUUAUGGUUCUAUUCGGCAAAGGAAGAGAGCAGUUUGUUCCCAUGCUACGACUUCAUUCUGUCGGGCUGAUGUAGCAUUUCACUCUUGAUAUAUACCGGUAAUUUUACCGUUCUUCUUUAUUGUGUACAUACCUGUAUAUUUAUUUCGUAGCUGAAGGCCAAAAACAAUAUCCAGAAUUUCCCUGACCAAAAAUUGUGGCCGCUUGACUGUGCAGUAAACAUUUUUGUAGUAACCUUCCCUGACAGGCUGACAACUGCGGGAGUGUAUGUUACUAAGGCGAUUUUCAAGCAUUCCCAGUCUAUUUAUUUUGCCAAGGGACAUUACUAUUUCGCCUGUGCCGAUUAUAAUUUUACCGUUUCGACAGUAAUCCACCCAGGCGAAAUACUUAUCCGCCCGGGUGAACUUCCCUGCAGGCUCAGUCACGGGCAUUUUUUUAAAUCAUGUCCCAAAUGUACACUCUCGUAGAUAAAUGUAACACAGGCACCAACCACAAUGCGAAAGUGAACAUGUUCAUGUAUAUAGAAGAUGUGUAUUACCGUGAGAAACGAUGGGAGAUGUGUCAAAUUUUCACAGAUACCAAUUUUGUGAGGGAAAGUCGAGAACAGAAGCAGACAAAAGCUAACUGGAAAGGGCAUAUUCCGAGUCAUUCCGUGUGAACAUUCACUGUUUGUACAAUUACUGACCCUCAGACUAAAAGUGAAGAAAUAAUCCACAAAGUGUAUGACCAUGGAACGUGGCCAUAUUAAGUACUAAGUGAAAGUAUAUCGGGGCAAAUGUAGGCUACAUUUUGAAGUAAAACUCGACAACACAGACGAGUGAUAUUCCUGCAAACUUUAGCCACCCACACUAAACUUAGUCAGUAUGUAAGAUUUUUACGUAAAUAGUCACGAAUGAAUGAACUGCUUUCUGAUGGUAGAAUGUACUCCUUGUGACAAUUGUAAGUUCAGUGCCUCUGUUGCCGGCAACAAUAGCAGGAAUGAUGCUAACAUGGUUAAGGCAAAUUUAGCGCCAUAUCGUACUUGAAAAUUGUGAAAUCAUGUUCCCCCUUUCUUCAAUGUUUACAAUACCUAACUAUUUGCUGAUAACCCAGGGUACUGUUUCUAUUAUGUUCCUUAAUCCUCCGCCGUAAUAGGGUGGAAAUGUUCUUUACAAACAAUGAGCCUGAAAAGGAAAACAGGUAAGUGGGUUUGCGCACUGGUUUGAGUGUUCGCAUGGACAUCAAGCGCAGUAGCGCUCGUGAAACCCAAUAAAACCAUCUGACGGUCUUAUGGGGUUAAUAAUGCGUGAUGCACAUAACAUUUCCUGAUAAAUAAAAUACUGGACAUUUGCAUUUUGCCAUGAAUUCCAAUUUAUACGCAUAUUUAUAAUGAAGGUAUUAAAUAUUGAUGGAAAGAACGCUACAUUCUGCGGUCUCCAUUUCUUUGAAUUUUCAAAGAGAAGUUAUUAAAACUGUAUUAAUACAUGUAUAUGUUCUUCAGUUAAGAAGAUACAAAUGUGCCAAUAUAACCAAUAACCAUCUUAGUAACAUAUCAACCAAUCUCAGCUAUUUGGCAUUGUAUUUGUCAAGUCGUUCAAGCAGUGUGUU